UAGCUACCAAAAGUUAUUCUACGCCGAUGUGCUAAGUUGUCUGUGGAAAAAGUUAUUCGAGGUACAAAGACUUAACAUUUUCUCAACUUUUCCAAAAAAAAUUCCUCAUUUUGCCACUUUGGAUGCUUAUAACUCGGUCAGUUUCCAAUGGAUCUUCAAUUGUAACACAGAUUUGGAAAGAUCUGCUCAUCAGCUACCAAAAGUUAUUCUACGCCGAUGUGCUAAGUUGUCUGUGGAAAAAGUUAUUCGAGGUACAAAGACCUAAAAUUUUCUCAAUUUUUCCUAAAAAAUUCCUCAUUUUGCCACUUUGGAUGCUUAUAACUCGGUCAGUUUCCAAUGGAUCUUCAAUUGUAGCGCAUAUUUGGAUAGAUCUGGUCAUUAGCUACCAAAAGUUAUUCUACGCCGAUGUGCUAAGUUGUCUGUGGAAAAAGUUAUUCGAGGUACAAAGACUUAACAUUUUCUCAACUUUUCCAAAAAAAUUCCUCAUUUUGCCACUUUGGAUGCUUAUAACUCGGUCAGUUUCCAAUGGAUCUUCAAUUGUAACACAGAUUUGGAAAGAUCUGCUCAUCAGCUACCAAAAGUUAUUCUACGCCGAUGUGCUAAGUUGUCUGUGGAAAAAGUUAUUCGAGGUACAAAGACUUAAAAUUUUCUCAAUUUUUCCUAAAAAAUUCCUCAUUUUGCCACUUUGGAUGCUUAUAACUCGGUCAGUUUCCAAUGGAUCUUCAAUUGUAACACAGAUUUGGAUAGAUCUGCUCAUCAGCUACCAAAAGUUAUUCUACGCCGAUGUGCUAAAUUGUCUGUGGAAAAAGUUAUUCGAGGUACAAAGACUUAACAUUUUCUCAACUUUUCCAAAAAAAUUCCUCAUUUUGCCACUUUGGAUGCUUAUAACUCGGUCAGUUUCCAAUGGAUCUUCAAUUGUAACACAGAUUUGGAAAGAUCUGCUCAUCAGCUACCAAAAGUUAUUCUACGCCGAUGUGCUAAGUUGUCUGUGGAAAAAGUUAUUCGAGGUACAAAGACUUAAAAUUUUCUCAACUUUUCCAAAAAAAUUCCUCAUUUUGCCACUUUGGAUGCUUAUAACUCGGUCAGUUUCCAAUGGAUCUUCAAUUGUAGCACAUAUUUGGAUAGAUCUGGUCAUUAGCUACCAAAAGUUAUUCUACGCCGAUGUGCUAAGUUGUCUGUGAAAAAAGUUAUUCGAGGUACAAAGACUUAACAUUUUCUCAAUUUUUCUAAAAAAAUUCCUCAUUUUGCCACUUUGGAUGCUUAUAACUCGGUCAGUUUCCAAUGGAUCUUCAAUUGUAGCACAUAUUUGGAUAGAUCUGGUCAUUAGCUACCAAAAGUUAUUCUACGCCGAUGUGCUAAGUUGUCUGUGGAAAAAGUUAUUUGAGGUACAAAGACUUAACAUUUUCUCAACUUUUCCAAAAAAAUUCCUCAUUUUGCCACUUUGGAUGCUUAUAACUCGGUCAGUUUCCAAUGGAUCUUCAAUUGUAGCACAUAUUUGGAUAGAUCUGGUCAUUAGCUACCAAAAGUUAUUCUACGCCGAUGUGCUAAGUUGUCUGUGGAAAAAGUUAUUUGAGGUACAAAGACUUAACAUUUUCUCAACUUUUCCAAAAAAAUUCCUCAUUUUGCCACUUUGGAUGCUUAUAACUCGGUCAGUUUCCAAUGGAUCUUCAAUUGUAGCACAUAU